CUGCCGCCGAGCUCUGCCCGUCACUCCGGACCCCGCUCCCCCCCAUUCGCGUCCCCGCUCCCCUCACGGCCCCUCCGGGCGCGCUCCGGGCUCUGCCCCGCGGGCUCUCCAGCGCCCCCCUCGGGCCGCGCGGCGCCGCCGCAGCCGCGGCCGUUGCGCUCCGGGCGUUGUGUCCUCGCGGCGCCGCGGGUCGCGACAGUCCGUCCGUCGGCGACCGGCGCCAUGGAGGAGCUGCCGCUGCCCGCCGGCGUCAGCCCCAGCACCUUCCCCGCCAAGCUGUGGCAGCUGGUGAACAGCCCACGCGUCCGCUCCGUGCGCUGGGACCCCCGCGCCCAGGGGCUGCUCGUCGACCGGGCGCUCUUCGAGCGGGAGCUGCUGAGCGCGGGCGGCGCGGGCGGCGAUGCGGCGGCGGCGGCCCCGGGCGCCUUCAAAGCCACCAACUUCGGCAGCUUCGUGCGCCAGCUCAACCUGUACGGCUUCCACAAGACGUCGGUGCUGGCGGGGGGCGGUGCCGCGGCCCUGCCGGCCUCUGCCGGGUCCCUGCUCCGCUUCUGCAGCCCCUACUUUCGGCGCGACCGCCCCGAGCUCCUGGUGCACAUCAAGCGCCUGACCAGGGCCAACAGGGAGCGGCUGGCGGCCGGGCUGGAGGUGCGCAGCCGGCAGCCCAGCCGCUUCCAGCACCUCCACAGGGACCGGCUGCUGCCGCCCAGGGCCGUGAGCUUGGGCCAGAACCUCUUUACUUUACCAGCCAGAGGUUUAGAUGUGCCUCCAGUCCCUUCCAGGACAAGUCAAGGUGUUCAAAGCUGUAAGGCUUCUCCAGCACCUCGCAGUAAAGUGGUUGUCACUCCAGGACUUCUCAGGUUUUCAAGGGAGGUCCCGGUCACAUCCACAUCCACAGUGCAGCCUGUGUUCUUCCUUCCACUGCUUCACCAAGGGCCUCAAACCGCUGCCAUGGCCCUUCCAGAGCACAGCAGCUGCACGGCUUCAGAGCAGAACUCACCAGGCUACAAUCCUGCAGCCACACUGGGGAGUUCAGCCCCCGAUUCUCUGACUGGCAGUGCUGGUUCUGCAGCAUCAAGGAUCUCCAGCUGGGCCUGUAAUCCCUCUGCUGCAGACGAAUGGGCAGGAGUAGAUCCGGAAGUUGUGUUUCAGAUGCUCGAGGAGGUGCUUGCAUCAAACCUGCCUGAAAUGUUUCCCUUUCUUGAGGGGAAUAUUAGUGUUCCCUCUGAGUCUUCAGGAGGGGAGCCUGGGAACAAGGCUGCAUCAGAGAAGGCUUUGCCUGGCAGUGCGAGCAGCGGGAACAGUUCCCUGGAGCCAAAUGAGCCUGAGGUCCAUGAGCUGUACCUUGCCAGGAGAGCUGCUCUGCGUGGGAGGAAGCGACUGAGGGAGAGCCUGUGAAACAGGGCAGCUGGAAUCCCUCUGUUUAUAGUUAUAUUUAAAGAUGGGUAGAGUUACAUUUCUAGAUAUAGUUGCAUAUUUAUAUUUAUAGAUGUAUAGAGAUGAAAUAAUAUAUUAAUAUCUAUUAUUAUUUUAACAUAACAUUUAAUAUUAUUAGUAUUGUAAUUAUUACUAAUAUCAAAAUAUUAAUAAUUAUAUAAUUAUGUAAUUUUAUUAUAUUAUCAUAUAAUAAUAUAAUUCUAUAUCGUUGUUAUUAAUAUGUUUUAUAGUUAGUACUAUAUUAUUACAAUAUCUUAUAUUAUUAGAAUUAUUUAAUAUUGUUUACAAUUUAAUAUUUUUAAUUUCUUUAAAAAUAUUAUAUAUAUUAUUUAUUUAUAUUUAUUUAUAGAUGUACAUAUUUAUAUUUAUAUAUGUAUCGUUACAUCUUUAUAUAGUUAUAUUUUUAUAUAUUAUAUUUAUUUAUAUAUAUGCACACUACAUAUAAUUUUAUAUCUAGUUAUAUUUAUAGGUGUAUAUAGUUACAUAGUUAGAUGUAUAUGGAUGUUUAGGUACGUAUAUUGAUGUUUGUAUAGGUAUAGGCUGCUUUCUCACCUCUGCUGCCUUUUCCAUCCCUCACUCUUCCCGCUGUGCCGCCUCUGUCCCCGCUCCCUGUGCCGCCUCUGGGCUGGUGGCCGGGCUGGGGGAGCAGCAGCUCCAGCCCCAGGUCCCGGCCCCCCGCACCCCCAUGGGACUGGGGGGAGCUUCUGGUGGCACCAGGCACCACUCCCCAAGGAGCUGCUGGAGGAUGGUGAGGCUGAGGGGGCUGGGGGGGCCGAGGGGAUGGCGAUGCUGAAGGGACAGUGAUGCUGAGGUGAUGGUGGCACUGAGGGGACAGUGGGGCUGAGGGGGCUGGGGGAGCUGGGGGGGAUGGUGAGAGCUGAGGGGAUAAGGGAGUGGCAAAGGCUGAGGCAGUUGAUGGGGCUAAGGGGCCUGUGACAUUGAGAUGAUGAUAGGGUCUGAGGCGAGUGGAGGGGUCUGAAGGGACUGGGGGAGCUGAGGGGACUCGGGGGCUCUGGGUUUGCCAAGGGCAUGGUGGGGCCGAGGGGAUAGUGGGGGACCAACGGGGAGCACAGUGGGGUCCAAGCCUGUCCAAGCUUGCUGGGCCACAGCACAUGUUCCAGACUCUCCACUUUUGCCAGGACUGCCCUGAAUUCUUUUUGAGCAGCAAGAGACUGAUGAGGGCCAAGAGAGAGAAGCUGACGACCACCAGCCACAUCUUGACCAGGGACCUGUUGCUGCUGCCUGAGACCCUUGAUGUCCAUCUGUACCUCUCCAGGAGGGCUGCUCUGCAUGGGAGGGAGAGACCAAGGAAGAGCCUGUGAAGAUGGGGCAGCUGGGAUCCCUCUGUAUAUACUUAUAUUUAGAGAUGUGUGUAGUUAUAGUUAUACCUAGGUAGUUAUAGGUAUAUAGAUAUUUACAUAUGUAGAUUGAAUAUUUGUAUAGGCAUAUUUAUAUAUUUAUCUAGUUAUAUAUGUACCUAGUUGUAUUUAUGUAUGUACCUAGUUGUAUUUAUGUAUGUAUCUAGUUGUAUUUAUAUAUGUAUGUUAUAUUUCUAUCUGUAUUUAGUUAUAAUUACAUAUGUGUGCAGUUGUAUAGCUAUAUAGUUAUAUUAUUCUAGUUAUAGGUAUAUGGAUUUUUAGAUGCAUAUAUUAAUAUAUGUAUCUAGUAAUAUGUAUGUAUAUUGCUAUAUUUAGGUAUAUUGUUAUAUUUUCAUUAUAUUUAAAUAUGUAUAGAGUUGCAUAGCUGUCUAGUUAUAUUGAUGUAGUUAUAGGCCUAUGGAUAUAUUGAUAUUUGUAUAUUUAUAUAUAGGUUCACUAUGUGUUUAUUUAUAUAUGUAUUUAUAUAAUAUAUUUAAUAUGUAAUUAUAUUUAUAUCUAUAUUGUUAUGGUUAUGUGUAUGUAGUUAUGUUUCUGUAGCUACAGAGUUGUAUAGUUUUAUAAUUAUAUUUAUUUACUUAUAAGUACGGUGUUAUUUGGAUAGGUAUAUUGAUAUUUUUGUAUUAGUUUAUAGGCUGUACAGUUGUCGUACUCCGCAGUAAAUUAUUUUUUUUAACUGCAGGUAAUAUUUGUAUAUUUUUACAUAGCAUAGUUGUAGCAAUCUAAUAAAUUUUUUUAAACUUAAAUCGAUAUUUGUGUUUUUAUAAAUCAGCACAGGUGUAGCAAUUUGUAAUAAAUUUUAUUUUUUAAACUUAAA